AUGGAGUCAAUCUUUACCCUUUUGCAUAUAGUAAUGGCCAUCAUCAAUUUUUCCAGGGCCCAAGAAAAUACUUGUAACAUGCUUGGAGAGCCUGCAUACCCACAGCUAUGGAAGCAUGGUGAUAUCAUUCUUGGAGGAAUUUUCCCUUUCCAUAAUAAAUGGGAGAUCACAGACUCGUCCUAUUCGGUCAUGCCACCUGCAUUGAAUUGCAAGAGUCUGGAACUUAGAGCCCUACAGUAUUCACAGACCUUGAUCUUUGCAAUAGAGGAAAUCAACAACAGUUCAUCUCUACUGCCUGGGGUCUCACUGGGUUACAAGAUCUAUGAUACCUGUGGUUCUCCCUCACUGGGGGUAAAAGUAGCAAUGACACUUGUGAAUGGACAUGAGAACUUUGUCUCAGAGAAGACCUGCACAAAGCCAGCCCAGGUGCAAGCCAUAAUAGGAGAGACAUAUUCAUCUGUGUCCAUGGCGAUAGCAAAGAGCAUUGGACCUUUCAGCAUGCCCUUAAUCAGUUAUUAUUCCACCUGUGAAUGUCUGAGUGAUAAAAGGAAAUAUCCUUCAUUUCUGCGCACUAUUCCCAGUGAUUAUUACCAGACCAUAGCACUUGCAGAGAUGGUGAAGCACUUUGGCUGGACCUGGGUGGGAGCAAUAAGAAGAGAUGAUGACUAUGGUAACAGUGGGAUGACCAUAUUUACUAAAAUUGCAGAACAACUGGGUAUAUGUUUCGAAUAUUCCCUUCCAUUUUUCAGAACCUACUCACAAGAAAAAGUGUUGAGAAUUGUUGACCAAAUUAAAAUCUCCACUUCUCGAGUGAUAGUGGCAUUUGUCACUCCCUGGGACCUGGAGAUUUUGCUUCAUGUAUUUUCUGAACACAACAUCACUGGAUACCAGUGGGUAGGAACUGAGGGAUGGAUUGCUGAUCCAGUGGCAGCCACACUGGACAAGUAUAACAUACUGCAAGGAGCCAUAGGGCUAGCUAUUCCCAAAACAACAGUAAAAGGUCUGAAGGACUUCAUUCUUGAUAUAAAACCAUUGAAAUCUUCAGGCAGUGCAAUUUUUACUAAAUUCUGGGAAGCAGUGUUUACUUGUAAAUAUGGAAUACAGAAUGAUUCAAAUGACAUACCACUGUGCACAGGUGAAGAGAAACUGUCUGACUUGGAAAACACCUUCACUGACAUGUCUAUGAUGCCUAUUUUCAAUAAUAUAUAUAAAGGAGUAUAUGCCAUUGCCCAUACAUUACAUGAACUUCUUGGCUGUAAACAAACAUGUCAUACAAAGGUGCAGCCAAAUCCUUUCACGUUUUUAGAACACCUCAAAAAGGUGCAUUUCAAAACCAAAGAAGGUGAAGAGGUUUAUUUUGAUAAAAAUGGUGAUCCUCCAGCAAAAUAUGAAAUCAUAAACUGGCAAAAAACUAAAGAAAACCAAUAUGCAUUUGUCACAGUUGGACUUUAUGACUCCUCGGCGCCUGGUCAAGAUCGAUUAGCAGUAAAUAUGGCCUCCAUUGUCUGGACACAAAAUACAAAUCAAAUGCCAAAAUCUGUCUGCAGUGACAGUUGCCUGCCUGGCACAAGGAAGGCUGUACAAAAAGGAAAGCCUAUCUGCUGUUUUGACUGUAUACCAUGCGCUGCUGGAGAGAUCAGUAAUAUAUCAGAUUCUCUUACUUGUGAAAAAUGCCUGGAAGAUUACUGGUCAAAUGCUGAGAAAGAUGAAUGUGUAAAGAAGGAAAUUGAAUAUUUAUCCUAUGAAGAAACUAUGGGAAUUUUGCUAAUAAUGGUAUCCAUUAGCGGUGCUUUAAUGACAGUGAUCAUAGCAAUCAUAUUCUAUCGAUACAAAAAUACCCCAAUGGUCAAAGCAAACAACUCUGAACUCAGCUUCCUCCUGCUUUUCUCUCUGACUCUGUGUUUCCUUUGUUCACUUACUUUUAUUGGCCGGCCCUCUGAAUGGUCCUGUAUGCUGCGCCACACAGCGUUUGGAAUUACCUUCGUCCUCUGCAUCUCUUGUGUUCUGGGAAAGACAAUAGUGGUGUUAAUGGCUUUCAGGGCUACAAUUCCAGGUAGUAAUGUCAUGAAAUGGUUUGGGCCUCCACAACAGAGACUCAGUGUUCUUGUUUUCACUCUCAUACAGGUCCUUAUUUGUGUGCUUUGGUUAACAAUAUCUCCUCCUUUCCCCUUCAAAAAUCUAAAGCACUACAAGGAAAAGAUCAUUCUUGAAUGCAAUUUGGGCUCAAAUGUAGGUUUCUGGGCUGUGCUUGGUUAUAUAGGCAUUCUGGCUCUUUUGUGUUUUGUUCUGGCUUUUCUUGCUCGAAAGUUACCUGAUAAUUUUAAUGAAGCAAAAUUCAUUACAUUCAGCAUGCUAAUGUUCUGUGCAGUUUGGGUCACUUUUAUUCCAGCUUAUGUCAGCUCUCCUGGAAAAUUCACCGUUGCUGUGGAAAUAUUUGCAAUUUUAGCAUCAAGCUUUGGUUUGCUGUUUUGUAUAUUUCUUCCAAAAUGUUAUAUAAUCAUACUGAAACCAGAGAAGAAUACCAAAAAACAAAUAAUGGGGAAGGGGUCUAUUUAA